AUGGUGACGCCUGAUCAACUGGAGACCAAGAUCCGCCGCGAGAUUGGAGCCGCGCUGGUGGAGGCCGUGGACUUGUCCGACGGUUGCGGCAGCAAGUUCAGCCUCGUAGUGGUUCACGGAGGCUUUGAAGAUCGCCAACGCCGGGUGAACGACUGCCUCAAAGAGGAGAUGACGCACAUCCACGCGCUUCAGAUGAAGACGUGGACUCCUGCGCAGUACGAGCUGAAGACACAGAAGAAGCUGCCCAACAGUCAGUCUUCGGGCGAGCAGUAGACAAGCAACAAGUAGCGGCUCAGACAAAUGUCAUCUUUUGCUGAGAUA